AUGGACAAAAAUACUUAUGAAACUUAUGAGUUCUUACCAGCGAAUCCUAGCGAAACUGAACCUGAACAAUUCUUUGUUGUGCAAGAUGAUGGUUCUUUCCUACUAAACAGACAAAUUCAGUAUGUAGCACAAGUCGAAGAUGUAAAAGAAGUUUUGGAGGAUGUGCAGCCCUGUACAGUAUACGGUGUGGGGGUCCCCUCUCAACAAUUCUUUGUGGAUGUUGAUAAUUCAACGGAACUUAUAUCUGUGUCAGAUCAAUUUAUUCUACCUGAUGGAGAAAAUAGUCUAUAUACCAAUAGUUAUUUAUUACAACCAAGCUCAAGCACAACUACUGAAGAGGUGGAAUCUGAUGUUGUAGCUGAUCAAUUCAAAGAAGCAAACUCACAAGAAGAGGAUAUAGAUAUCGCAACACAUGACAGCAAACAGGGAAACAAUUUUACUGAGAUAACUAUAAGCGACGAGCAGUAUCAAACUUUAGAACAAAAAGGCUGGAUCUUGUUAGAAUCAAAUGAUAAAAUAUUUGUACUGAAUACACUCGGGUUGCAUGAUAUCACAUCCAAUGAUAGAUUGAUACAGAAACUAAGAAAUGAAAUCCAGAAUAGUACAAACAGUGAAAACAAUCCCGGAACAAUUAAAUUAAAAAAUGUUUCAAGUCAGUUCCCGAAUUUAGUCGCGCAAUCGUUUACCGACCAACAGGACACCAUGGAGUUUGUUAUAGGAAGCAAUGUUGAACAAGAUGAUAAUAUUAAGGUAUUAAAGUUUGUCGUCCAUGAUAACAAAGAAAAUAUAGCAGCGUCUUGCCUCAACGUAGAACAAAUGGACGUAUCAGACAGUAAUCAAGAAUCCGAGUUUAAGAAUAAUAUAAAUGAGAUAGCAAUAAUUAAGCAAGAGUCAAUAAAUGAUACCAGUUCAAUAAAAAUAAAAACCAAAUUUAAUUUCAAAGAUAUUCCAGAAAAAAUUGUACUUGGAAAAACUUUGAACGGAAAAAGAUUAGUAGCUAAAGUGGUGAAAACAGUAUCAAAAAGACAGAACAUGAUAAAACCUGCAAUAUCUAAUGAGUGCAAAACUGAAAAUAUAGUAACAGAAACUGUUACAGAUAAUUCAUAUAACAAUAAUAACGGUUUAAGUGAAACGGAGCUAGUAAGUCUUAUACAGCAUUCAGUGCGCAGUACAUCUCAAACUAAAUUGAGCGUCGAGGAUGUCACAUCAGCCCAUAGUGUGAUUGGACAGCUACUCAAAGUGCCCAAUAUAGAAAGCUUGUUAGUUGGACAUAAUUUAAUCAUUACUAAGGUAAAAAAUAAUAAAGAAGAACCAAGCGCAAAUUCAAACAGAAGAGACAUGGUCCUUAUGACGGGUCACGUGACGGAAGACGAAGAUUGUUCUUCGAAUUUCGAGCACUUGCCUGAUCUAUUGCAGAGUAUUAAAGCAAAAUCAGUUGAAGCCAUGACUAACGAAAACCAGCACCUAGAGUGUAUUGACCACGAAAAAGAGACAUGUACAAUAUUCCACGUCCAUAUUACAGAAACAAAAUGUCCUGACAGAGUCACUCGAGUGUCUGUCACUUUAAACAAAAGGCAACUGUCAUUAAACCAAAUGUUUGACUUGAAGAGGCGUCAUCCGCACACGGUAUUUGCAUGUAGUGCAUGUGCAGCUUUAUUUAAAUCUGAAGAAGCCCUGAAAGAACAUCAAGAAAACGACUGUUUGGAGUCAGAUGAAAUAUUGACCAUAGAUACAGACAAGAUAGACAUGGUUGACGCAUACUCUAUCAUUAAGACUGAAAAGAAUAAAUAUUACAAGUGUAAACAGUGUGAUGUACAUUUCUCAAAACUCUACCCUUGCGUACGGCAUGUCAAAACCCAUUUGGGACUUCACCUGUCUAAACCAGAAGCAAAUAAAGAUAAGGAACUAACAAAUGAACAAGGCGACAAAGAUAAACCAAAGACACGCAGAGAAGUUUUUAAAUGCAAAAUGUGUCCCAGUACGUAUUUUCAUCCUUCUACACUUUCUAAACAUAUUGUAACACGCCAUAUUAAAGUUAAGGCAAAAUAA